AUGACGGACAUCGUAUGUCGUAGUGCGAAUACAUUUCAAGUGAUUUCAAGUUGGGCUCGUUCGGAGCAAUCCCGGGCAGCUCCCGAGAAAACAAAACAAACAAUACUUAAGUAAACAUUAUGGGGUCAAUUCUUUGUAAUUGACCUGGGCUGAACUAAUGUACUUUUGGAAUUUAAAGUGGAAUAGGUAUAUAUUUAAUAUUUGACGGAAACACAAGAAAGAGAAUUCUGGUGCAGUUUAGUGCAGUAAUAAAAAAGCAGAUAUAAAUGGUAUGGGCCAUUUAUUGAAUGUGAUAUAAGUGCGCUUUCUUUUUAACCUCCAUAAAAUGUCUUGGCUCUUUGGCAAAAAGAAGCACAAGGAUUCACCUCCUGAAAGGGAUGAGCAAGAGGAACGACCUUCCACAGAUCUAGGAGAUGAAUUCAUAGUAAUUGAAAGAAGGAGGCCCUCCUUACCACCUAAUGUUGGUGACCACAAUACUCUUUAUCCUAAUAGAUUAUAUCCAUUUAUUGAUGGAACAGCAAUGAACCCUACAAUAUCAGAUGGUAAUUUACCAAAAUUGACUCAACAACUUGAUGCUCCACAUUAUCUAAGUGAUGUACCAUUUAAAUUAUGUAAACAGUUGCAAAGAAACAUGAAUAGUGAUUUGGAGAUAGACAGUCUACGAAUUAGCGAAAUAAUGUCUUUCAUUGAAAGAUUAGAGAAUCAGAAUUACAAUUAUGAUUUCUCUCUUGAAACUGGAGUUAUUACAGAAAUGGAUAGCAGAACUACCGACUGACUUGAAACUUUUUUGAAUCUUAUUUUUACAUACGUAAUAAGAAUGUAAAUUCUACAAAUCAAAUUUAUAGCCUAUAAGAGUUUGCACUGACCUGGGUUGGAUUAAUUAUGAUUCCAUGAUUCCUCUCCUAUUGGUAGAAUAUGUCAAUAGUAGAGCAUUAAUCCAACUUAAGUAUAAACUCGCUCGGUUGAAAAUGCUACACAUAUCUUAUAUACACAUAUAAUAAAAUUCAUUUUAAAAAAGCAAAUAUCGUGUAGAAUAAUAAUGCUAUAGUAUAGUGAUGCGCAACCUGCGGCCUACUUGUGGUCCUCUGAUUCACAGCCAAAAAUAUAAAACCAUAUUUUCUAUUUUAUGCAAACGAAGUUUGCAUAAAACAUGUGAAAAUGUUCCUUCGAAGAUAGCCCUUAAAAAAAGGUUGUAUCACUGUUAUAGAAAACGUAGCAGUUAAAUUUGAUCUUUCUAUUUUACAC